AUGCCUGCCCGCAUGAAUCGCGAAGCUGCGGCCGUAGUGCAAAAUUACUUUGCCGCCGCCGCUAUACCAAUCACACCACCGUCCUCUUCCGGAGGUGUUUAUCACUGCAACAUCGAAUAUCAUGGACAACUGUACUCAUUAUCCUGGACCGGAGAUCCACAGUACCCAGACCUAUCGAGUUUUCCAUCCAUUUUGGCAGGCGAGCUGUGUCUUGUAAAGCAAAGCCCCAAAAUGCUCGAUUUAAAGAGACGCUCUGCCUUUGUAGCUGCUGGUGCCCACGCCUCAGUUCGCCGCCUUCCGUCAUCGGCUUUCCCAAUGGUCAAGCUAGCGCAUCCGGACGAGUUCUCAGCGGCUCUCAUUCGACGUGAAUACGAAAUGAUCAAACGGCUUUCGCAACUAGCUCUACCCGUUCCAGACAUAUUCGAGGCCCCGAUCUUCGAGAAUAGCAGGAUUUGUGGCUACCGAAUGGAGGAACUCCAUAACAUAAGCUAUGAAGAGAUGCAGAACCUUUCGAGGGAAAUUAGAAUGGCAGUCGCAGAGCUUCAUCAAGCUGGCUACUCCCACGGAGAUUUGAGUCCAAGCAAUGUAAUGAAGAAUAAUCACGGGCGCAUUAUUCUCAUCGACGUUAGCUUCAGUGGGCGGCUAGAUGAGCAAAUCCCUUCGUGGUUUCCGACCUGGGUUUACGACGGUGCUACGUUUAGGAAAGACUGUGAUCUAAAACGGUUGGAAAAUUACUGGGCAUGA